AUGCGAGAUUCUCUCGCAAUAAGCUCGAUCCUUCCGAUCCUCAUAGUCCUAGUUCGAAAGAGUUUCCGAAGCACUUAUCGAGUGGAAAGCGUGUUCUUCCGUAGUAUUGACUAUAAAUCGCUUCCUCUUUCCGGGCUAGAGGAUCUAGGUAUUGACUUCGAUGCCCGACGCGGAAUUAUCCCGAACGAUGGCUUCGGUCGCGUGACAAGUCUCUCGGGCAAGGGAGAACCUAAGGAACUUCCAGAUAAGUCUCUGAUCUCCACCCUUCCUGGUCUAUACUAUGCUGGUUGGGUCAAGAGGGGUCCUACGGGUGCAAUCGCUUUAACUAUGACCGACGCAUUUACUACCGCAGAUACCCUUGCCCAGGAUUUAGCAAAUCGUGCCGACUCCCAGUCCUUGCUUAAUACAGCUGAUCAGGGCAGUGGGCUCGGCUGGGAUGGAGUGAAAGCCGAGGCUGAAUGCCGCGGCCUCCGGCCUACGUCCAAGCAGGAUUGGCUAAGGAUUGAUGCCACUGAGAAAUAA